UUGUAACGGAAGCACGUUAGUUGUGUCCCUUUAUUGAGAUGACGGAAAAAGAACCAGACGACGUUGACGCUUUCAAACCAGAAUUUAAGAAAUAUAAAAGAAAAGACCACGACAUUGAUCUCUCUGAUGUCGUUGAUCUAGGAAAAAAUCCCCAUACUUAUUCUGAUAAAGAGGUUGUACGUGUAACACCAUGUUCAAAUCCAUCUCUGAAGCCAGUGUCUGGCCUGAAGAAUGCUUCCGAUUGGGAAAUCUACCAUUUUUCAUUUCCUGAAGGCUUUUACUUAGUAAAAAAUCCUUUUCUACAUGGGUUUCAACAAUACUGGGUGAGCCGAUGUCUGGCAGACCUUCCACUACCUCCAAAUGUUACCAACCUAAGUGUCCAUCCAGAUGUUGAUCCUAAAAGCAUGUGGGAGGACUUUGCUAAAAACUGUGACAAGAAAAAUUUUUACAAAACAGCACCCUUGUGGAAGCUUCGGUGGACAACAGUUGGCUAUCAUUAUGAUUGGAAUACAAAGGAAUAUAGAGGAGACCACUACACACCAUUCCCAGAGGAUCUAGGCAUCUUAUCCCAAUAUGUAGCAGCAGUGUUGGGAUUUCCUGACUUCAGGGCAGAAGCUGGUAUUGUCAAUUACUAUCACCUAGACUCCACCUUGGCUGCUCACACUGACCAUUCAGAAUUCACCCACCAAGCUCCACUUCUUUCCUUCAGUUUUGGCCUGGACGCCAUAUUUCUGCUUGGUGGCUUGACAAAGAAGACCAAACCUACAGCGAUCUUACUUCACAGUGGCGACAUCUGUGUCAUGAGUGGUGUGUCAAGGCUCACCUAUCAUGCUGUGCCUCGUAUUCUGUGUCCACCAACCAAAGACGAUUUUCUGCUGCCCUCUCUGCCACAAUCCAUAGUGUCCAAAGCACAUUGUGAACAGAAAGCAUGCAAAAGAAAUGCGAGUGAAACUUUCAAAGUGGUAGAAUGUUAUAAAUCUUCUAGACUCUCAUCUGACAGUCUACAGCCUUGUGUUUCAAGCAGUGCUGUGUUGAAGGGUGGUUCUGAUCAUGAUUGUGGAAAAUCAUGCGAUCAUCUUCAUGAAGAUGUACUUGAAUGUUCCAAUGCUGCUAACUCACAUGACCAAGUUGAUACCAAACUUGACCAUGUUCCAGCCAGUGGUGACCAUAGUGAAACAAACAGUGUCAAAGUUACGAAUGAAAAUAUUUUGAGAGAAAAAAAUUGCACAGACUGUAAAAUGCCUGAAUAUGGAAGCAAACCUCACAAAGCAAUUGAAAAUAAGGUGAAUCACAAAGUGCAGGGUGAGUGUAGAGCACCUGCAAUGAGUUAUCAAAUGUACAAUGCAUUAGUUGAUCAAGUAAACAGUCAGAUAACCUGUGCACUGGAACUGCUAGACUGGAGACCAUUUUCGAUAUACAUGCAGUCAUCGAGACUCAAUGUCAAUGUCAGACAAGUUUUGGCCCCUGGUCAGACAUUCCCAAGAAGGCUAUCAGAAGAGGAUGUUAAGUGACCUAAAUUUUCGAUUUUUAAUCAGCAUCUGUGAUGUGUGUGUUUUCUUCACCUAAUGCUAUUAUAGUUCUAUUAAGCUAAUAAGUUUUUCUGGCUUUUUUUAAAAUUAAACUUUUUUUCUCAUAUGAAUGCCAAAUUUUUAUUAGACAAAGCAGAUAACAGAUUAUUAUGUUUGGGUGCUUUAUUCACAUGUAUAGAUUAGAUUUUACAGCUUAUUAUACAGUUUAACAUAUUGUUUCUAGUUUGUGCUCUUGAUUAUAUUUGGUGGUGUAUAUUCAUUUGUGUGCAGUCUUUUUUGUGCAUAUACUUUUAGGUAUAUUUCUUUCUUCUGUUUAAGUGGCACUUUAAAUAAAUUUUAAAUCAUUGCA